AAUCUGAUUAAAAUAAGAUCUUUGAUCCGCUCUGACAAAUUCGAUGUCGCUACACAAAGAUCUGAAGACAUCCCGUACAGGGUCACGUCAGAAUGAACUUUCAUGACCCAGGGUCAGCCAAUGAAACUCUUUCAUAUUAACCAAUCACUGUACGCUUUUCAUUUCAUGCUCGGUAUAGCUUUAAAAAUGGCGGACACAGAUGAAGCAUUGAAGAAAUCGUUGUCAAGUUUUAGUAUUGACUCUUUAAAGCCGGAACAGAGACAAAUAUUGGAUAUAUUAGUCGAAAGGAAAGACUGUUUAGUUAUAUUGCCAACAGGAUUUGGAAAAUCGCUUCCUUUUCACGUAUUCUUGCCGGUUAUUCGCGAGAUAAGAGCAGAUUUUAACCAAAGUGUCAUGUUAGUGUGCUGUCCUUUAGUUGCAUUGAUGCAGGACCAGGUGGCGAAGUUAGCAACAAUAAAAAGUGUUUCGGCAGCAUACAUAGGAUCAAGUGUAGAAAGCGAUGCCCGUAUCCUGAAUGGGGAAAUAGAUAUCAUAUAUGCAUCUCCAGAACGAGUUAUAAAUGAUGCUGGGUGGAGAGAGGGCAUAACUAAGUUAAAAGUUUGUUCCAUCGUUAUAGACGAGUUCCACACCAUUGCAACAUGGGGUGAAGACAUAAGUGGACUAAAUAAACAAGCUUUCAGAAAGUGGUUUGCUUCUGUUGGAGAACUGCGUUCUUUAUUUCCACAAGCCAAUGUUGUGGCAUUGAGUGCAACCUGCACACAAAAAAUUAAGAAACGAGUAAUGAAGCAGUUGUGUUUUGGACCAAACACUGUGGAAAUUUUCAAGUCUCCAAACAAAGCCAACAUUAAACUUUCAGUGUGUAAAGUUUCAAAUGAACUGGAAAUUGCAAUGUCAUGGCUUGUAGAUGGUUUGAAACAAUUGGCUGGUGAUUUUCCAAAAACCCUGUUGUAUUGUUACAGUAUUAAUGAUGUGUCAAAACUUUACUCUUAUUUUUCUAAAGAGCUGGAUGAGGAGACAUUUGGCUCCUUAAUUGAUAUGUUUCAUUCAGAAACUCCCCCAUCCAAAAAGGAAGAAAUAGUUAAGUUUUUGGGAGAUAAAACAAACAGUAGUAAGAAAAGAUUAGUUAUAUGUACAAAUGCAUUGGGAAUGGGUAUUGAUGUGUCAAAUUGUUGUUUUGUUAUUUUGUUUGGAAUGCCUGACAAUAUUGUAGAUUUAGUUCAAGAAAUAGGUAGAAUAGGAAGAAAUGGUGAACAGUCAAUAGCAAUGAUACUGUUUAAUUCCUAUCAUCUGCGGCGUUUAAAUAAAGAUAUGAAAGAGAUUCUUUGUUCAAGUGACUGCAGAAGAUUGAAUAUUAUGAGGCAUUUUUUGAUGGACUCGGAUUUAAAAGAACUAAAAAAAGACACAGGAGUACAUACUUGUUGUGAUAUUUGCCAAAAAGGUUGUAAAUGUGACAAUUGUGAACUACUUCUUUUAGAGAGACUUUUAGAGAAUGAAGUUCUAACUGACACGGACAGUACUUGUAGUGAUAAUUCAGAAAAUACAGAGGACUGUUGGGAAAGUACAUUUGCCUCAGAAUUGAACUUUAACCUUGAAAUCUGAUAAGAACAGUUGC